UUGACAACAUCCGGGCGUGUCUCCAUCUUUCUGAGUGCAAUAAACAGGGUGGAGAAUGAUGUCAGCUGGCAGGAGCUGAGAUUGAGAUGAUUGGAGUGUUAUGGCGGGACUGUGGCGGUUCGUGCUGCGCGUGUCGGGCUCGUACGGUGUAUUUUCGGAAGGUCUCAGCCGGACUCUUCUCAUCUUCUUUAAUCUCGCGUGGAGACUCAGACUCAGAUUCCCAUAUCUGUACGUCAUCGCCUCCAUGAUGUUUAACGUGCGAUUACAGGUUCACAUUGAAAUACACUGAUUGUACAUUGGACAUCUUUUUGGAGAAAAUAGUGCCAGUUGACUGGUUAGUUACAUCAGAGAUCGUCCUCUCAGUCCAUGGAUUAUUCAGAUCUGGAAGACAUACAGACACAAAGCUGCCUGCCCGGUAUAUCAAUGGGAGUUCUCUUUACAGACUGAACUUGAUCAACCCGAUUUAAGGAGAGGAGCAGAACUGUAUGAUCAGGCUUUUCUCACAACACCUUACCUGGUUUUGUGGAGGGUCUUGAUUAUCCUCCAUUUACUGACAUGAACACUAAACUUCCAGUGACCGAAUUUCUUUACUUGAAUAUGUUUUUUGACACUGAGAGCAUGUUAAAUCUUGAAUUCAACAGUUUUAUGAUAACUGUGUUUUCCUGUACGUGAUAAUCUUAGCAGAUUAUGAGAGGUUUAGUUGUGUAGUUGGAUGACUACCUACACCACAACGGUUAACAGAGGAAUACCCCACUGUUCACCUAAUUUAUUUAUCCUGACUAACACUGGUCAUUGUUACAGAAAACGGCAGGGAUUUGUAUAUGGUGUGUAUUUAUUUUGCUCUUUUUGUUAUUAUGACGUCUGUGUGUUAUUUGCAAGUGCAUUUUGAACAUAAAGGUUUGUAAAUGUAAUGUUAUUCAAUCUUUGUCAAUAAAUUAUGAAAAUGUUUGCCCUUC